GGCUGCUUCUCCAGCCCUCAAACAUGACACUAUGAGUGCACGCAUUCAUGAUUGCCUUCACUGUGAGAAGUCAUUUACUCGAACCGAAAAUCUGGAGCGACAUAGACGAAGCCAGCAUGCUGCCACUGAUCGACAGCGACCUUUCAAAUGUGAUCAUUGUGAUGCAAGCUUCUCGCGCCGAGACGUGUGCAAGCGUCACAUGGAGCGCUGCAAACGUGGUCUGAAAUCCAGAAAGCGUCGGUCUCAGGGAAGUCGACAAACAGCCCAGCUUGUUGAAAGGAUGGGGAAUUCAAUUCCCACAACCGAGGCGGGAGCUCAUCAGCACGAUGAACUGAGCUAUUACGAUACAAACAUCAACCAGCUUGGCGGAGUUGAUCAACUUACGCGCCUCGAGCAACAAGAUGACAAUGAGGUUCAAGAAACACGGGUUGCUCAGGACGUUGAAGAUUUCGAGGUGCAGCAUGUCAUCUCGCGCAAUAAUGCCGUCACGCAAAUUGCUCAGGGGACCGAAGCCUAUGGAUACGAGACCGCUUUCGUCUCCGAUACCCAGAUCUCUCCAACGGAUCCGAGUGGUCGUCCGGAACAUGAGCCGCCUCAAUCAUCACUGAAUCAAGAUGCGCAUUAUCAAUUCGAAGACGACAUGUUCGGUAUUCUGACCGAUCCAUGUUUCCUGAAAAACUUGCCUACAUACGCUGUUGAAGCAGACCCGACGGCGCAUGGCAUUACAGACAACAUCUCGCCUACCUCAGCUCCACGCAACAAUGCAGACGUACUUGCCCGGUUUGGCGUCUCCCGUCAUACUUCAAUGGCUUUUGCAACAGCUUACUUUACGCACUUGCAUCCCUUUUUACCAGUUGUACAUCGUUACACCUUCUCAUUGGCUAAUGACCAACCAUUGCUCGUUUCGAUUGUGGUAGCUCUGGGAAGUGUCUAUUCAACUAGCGAUACAGACCCUCACUCUCGGUGCCGACUUGGAUAUUCACUCUGGGCUGCUGGCGUCAAAGAAUUGAGAACACAUGUCAAUAACAAACCUUCGAUGCUAUGCGAGCGGUGGGUUUUGCAAGCUUGGAUCCUCCACGUGAUCUUUGGCUUCUAUCAUGGAGACACAAAGUCAUCAGACGUUAGUAUUAGCAUGCUCCAAAAGCUGGUCAACAACUUGCGCUCUCGAUGCGUCCUCAAUCAAGACAUGACUCUUCGUCGCGACAAGCUCUGGACAGCACAGCUUCAUCAGACUGCCAACUGGAAAGAACAAGACCUGACACGCGCUUGGUCGAAGUUCAUAUCGCAAGAGACGUUUCGCAUAUGUGUGUAUGCGCUUUCCUUGAUCGAUCUCCAGAUCAGUUUUGUCUGUAACUCUCGGCCCUUUCUUUGGUCUACGGAAUCAACUUGGUGGCUACCAGCAGCGAACAAAAUAUGGGAAGCAUCGUCUGCAGAAGACUGGCUAGAUCUUGUCCAAGGAUGUCUUCAGGAUGGUACCCUGACAACGGAAACCUCGGACAUUGCGAGCAAAAUGAGCAUGACACAAAUCACCCAAGCUAUUUUGAAUGGGAAACCCUCGGCAAAGCUGGUACAACAGAUAUCGGCUUGUCCUUUCGCGAUCAUGUGUAUCGUCACCAGCGUCGAAUCAUUGGUACGCGACUUUUCAGCAUCUUAUUACCAGAUGCCGCCUGUCCUACCAGAUCCUUCUGCAUAUCACGUCUUACCUCCGACACAGAAUAGAUGCAUCAACGCUGCAAUAUCUUUGAUCCUAAGUCUAUGCGACAAGGAAGACCUCUGCCAACCUCAAAUGAGGAGAUCAAUCCAGCUCAACUCGUGGGCAAUUCGCAUAUCACUUUGCGAGCCGGAUGUGAUGAUGGUUGCAGGAGUUGUGGAUACGACACUUGCUGCUGGACUUGCGACAUCUACACACCUCAUCUUGGGCAGCGGAGUAGCCACAAGAAGGGCUGCUGUUACGACAAGAAGAGCCUCAAGUGAAGGAGUCUCCUUGACUAUGUGGGAUGAUUUGCUGAAGUCUGUGCCUGUCAUCCUGGAGUCGGCAGAGCAUAACUCAAUCCAGGGACCGCCUUGGAUGACAGCUCAGGCAUACAGGCUGUUAUUACUACUCUGGAGAACGUUACGGGUUGCUAUUCAAGAUCUCGAGAAGACUGGAGACAAAACGCCACUAUCAGCUUUCAACCCUGCAAAGAUAAUGAUACAAUUGAUACGUGAAAGCCUUGACAGUCUCGUAUCGCCAGAGCGGGACUCGGAUACCGGGCCUGACGAAGUGGAAGCCAGUCUCAUGUUGUUGAUGUCCAGGGCUUUUGGCACGACUUCGAUUCCCAUAAAUUGUAUGAUACGCGACAUCCUGUCGGAGACCGAAGGACUUUUGAUGUCUUCGCAACGGAGUCGUAAUCACACUGGCGAGCCUGAGCUUCAUUCGACUUAGUCCGCAUACUCAUCUGAUCACGUCUUGACUCUGACAAGCUUCCUGAAAAAAUUGUUUGGUCGGCAUGUCCCUUCCAAAAGUUGGUGGAGUUAGGUGGAGGUAGAGU